AUGACCGACCCCAAGGUGCUCGAGAAGCGGAACGAGAUCAAGAAGCGGGUGCAGGCCUACGUCCAGGAGAAGAAGGACAAGGGCGAGGCUCUCACCGAGGAAAGCGAAGCCGAGGGCGAGCUCGAGGGCGCAGAACAGACCGAAGCCGCCGCGGAAGCGGAAGGCGAAGAGAAAGAAGAGGAGGAGGUGGAUGAGGCCGCCACGACGAAAAAGAAUGAAGACGAGGCCACUGCCGAGAACGGCGAAGAGGAGCAAGAGAACGAAGAGGAAGACGACUUCUUCGUGGAAGAGAAGGCGACGGAGGUGAAGAAGACCGAUGCCAAGCCAGCCACGCCCGCCAAGGCCGCUGAGGCCAAGCCCGCCGCCAAGGCCAAGCCCGCCACUCCAGCUAAGGCCGAGGCCAAGCCCUCUAUCACCCCGGUCAAGGCCAAGCCUGCCACUCCUGCCAAGACCAAGCCCGCCACUCCUGCCAAGGCCAAGCCCUCUAUCACCCCGGCCAAGGCCAAGCCCGAGACUCCCGCCGCUAAGACUGUGACAACGACACCAGCGAAGCCUUCGCCGGAGGAUGCUACGGGCCCCAGCACGCCAACGGUGUCGACGACGACCGCCACCACCACACCAACCACUCCCACUGCGGCUACCGCUGGCGAAGCUCAACUGACGUCGGCGCAGAAGAAGCGGCUGAGGAAGAAGCGAAAGUCGGGCCAAAUUGAGGGAGCCAAGGAGGAGACCACCGCCACGACUGCGACGACGACGACGACGACAACAAAGACGACCAACACGGCCGCCGCCGCAGUCGCACCUGCGACCCUCAAGGCCGAUGCCAUCCAGCAGGCCAAGGCCGACCUUGCGCCGCAGGCCGAGGCGGAAACGGUCUCGGAGACCACCACGCAGGAGGCCAAGGCCACCACCCCCGCCAAGAAGAGGAGGCGAAGCCGCGGCAAGACUGCCGCUAAUCCUGCCGCCGCCGCCGCGGCCGAUGCCAACAAGAUGGACGUCGUGCCGACCAAGGAGCCCGCGUCCAGCCCGGCCCAACCUACGAAGAAGGCAACGGCCAGCCCCGCGAAGAAGCAGGCGCCGAGCCCGGCUGCUGCCAAGAAGGGGACGGCCAGCCCCGCGGCCAACAACAAGCGAAAGGCCGCGGCUGCCGCGCAGCCCGUGAAGGCCGCUCCCGCUCCUCCCGCCGCGCCCGCCGAGGAUGACACUGAUGAGGUUACAGAGGUGCCCUCGCGCAAGAAGAAGAGAAGCGGUGGAGCGUUUGACCCGAAGGUGGCCAAGAAUCUGGCCAGCCGGCAGCAGGCCGCCGAAGCUGCCGCGCCGCUACCGGAGAAGAGCCACACCAAGUUCCAGUGA